UUCUCGCACGUGUAGUUAUUUUGGGUAAUUUUCAACAUUUAUUUUAUUAGAAACAAAAUGCCGGCUUUUGAAGAUGAAAGACCAAAAUUGUAUAUGGAUGAGUAUAAACUUAAGCAAGAUCCUCAUGACUAUGGAUUGGCGGAUGACCCUAUUGACAUAGAAACUUUCAAAGCGAAGAUGAAAAUAAUUAUUAUCAGGUAUGAAGGAGAUGAAUUGGAAUUUGAUAUGAUUGGUGUUCACCCGGCUAUUGCCAAUGCUUUCCGUCGACUAAUGCUAAGUGAAGUUCCCAGUAUGGCAUUCGAAAAAGUUUACAUUUACAACAACACAUCCAUUAUACAAGAUGAAGUAUUGGCCCAUCGUCUAGGUCUGAUACCCAUUAAGGCAGAUCCUCGUCUGUUUGAGUAUCGUAGCGAUGACAACGAACAAGGAACGGAACAUGAUACUCUAGAAUUUGAAUUAAAAGUUAAAUGCACACGCCGCAAAGAUAUCAAGGAUUCCUCAAAUUUCGACACCAUUUAUAAAAACCAUAAAGUCCAUUCGGGCCAGAUCAAGUGGCUACCUCGUGGAAAACAAGCUCAGUUGUAUAGUGAAUCAGAUGUUGGCUGUAUCCACGAUGAUAUCCUCAUAUCGCAAAUGCGUCCUGGCCAUGAAUUCGAUUUGAAGAUGAUUGCUGUUAAAGGCAUAGGUAAAGACCAUGCUAAAUUUUCACCAGUAGCAACGGCAUUUUAUCGUUUAUUGCCAGAAAUUAAACUAAAACGUCAAGUGAAAGGCGAAGAUGCCCAACUACUUCAGAAAUGUUUUUCACCGGGAGUUAUCGGGAUAGAUGAGCACGAAGUUGCCUAUGUAAAAAAUGCCCGCUAUGACUCUUGCAGUCGUAAUGUUUAUCGGUAUCCCCAUUUGGCAGAUGCUGUUGAAAUGGCAAGGGUGCGUGAUCAUUAUAUAUUCACUGUAGAAUCUGUGGGAGCACUGAAACCCGAUGUGAUUUUUAUAGAAGCCGUGAAAGUUUUGAAAAAGAAAUGUCGCAAAUUUCUUGAUGAAAUUGAAGCGGCGUAAAUUGUUUUGUUUUUUUUCCCAAUUUGUAUUUAGUUUGUAUGUUAAAAAAUAAAAGUGAAACAAUUGCGAAAAUAAUUAAAUAUCCUUCAA